AGUAAUCAAAAUGUCGACUUAUUUCGAUUAUCCAGCCCCCGAAAUCCAGGAGGAACUAAAAACCAUCAUCAAAGCUAUAAUCGCACCUGGCAAAGGAAUUCUGGCUGCUGAUGAAUCUACAAAAACCGUGGGAACACGUCUCGCAACUGUAGGAAUAGAAAACACAGAAGAAAACCGUAGAAAAUGGCGCCAAUUGCUCUUCACUGCUGACCCUGUGAUUUCUGAAAACAUUUCUGGCGCGAUCCUAUAUCCAGAAACGUUAUACCAGAAAGCAGAUGAUGGAACGCCUUUCGUGAAGCUUCUAGAAGACCGUGGUAUUAUCCCGGGAGUGAAGGUGGAUACUGGUCUUGUACCUUUAUUUGGGUCUGAUGAUGAACAUACCGCACAAGGUCUCGAUGACUUAUCAAAGCGUUGCGCGAAAUACAAAAAAGAUGGCUGCCAUUUUGCAAAAUGGCGGUGCGUAUACAGAAUCUCUGAAACGACUCCCUCCUACCAGGCAAUCAUGGAAAACGCGAAUGUCCUCGCGCGUUUCGCUUCCAUCUGCCAGGGCGAACGUAUCGUACCAUUUAUAGAGCCUGAAGUUUUGACUGACGGGGAACAUGACCUGGACCGAACGCAGAAGGUGACGGAACAAGUUCUGGCUCACUUGUACAAAGCUCUCAGCGACCACCACGUGUACCUCGAAGGAACACUGCUGAAACCGAACAUGGUGAUGGCGGGUCGCGAUUGCAAGAUACAGUACACCCCACAGGAUGUUGCCAAGGCAACCGUCACCGCAUUAUUGAGGACUGUACCUCCAGCUGUGCCUGGGGUCCUAUUCCUGUCGGGUGCUGGUCAAAAUGAGGAGCAAGCGUCAGUACACCUGAAUGCCAUCAACACGGUGGACCUGAAGAAGCCCUGGACCCUCACUUUUAGCUACGGACGUGCGUUACAGGCCUCAGCAUUGCGUAUUUGGAAAUGCAGUGACGGAAAUGUGCCUUCUGCGCAAGAACAACUGUUGAAAAGAGCUAAGGCAAAUGGUCUCGCUUCUCUUGGAAAAUAUGUACCUGGCUCUAUUGUUUAGUUGUUAUUUAAUUAUUUAUUACUAAUCGUUCUACAAUACGAACAUAAUCAACAAUAUGAAUAAUGUGAAUUAAUUUAACGUAUU